AUGUCGUCACAAGUAGUGACGAACCUGGAAGAGACCACGAACCAGCACAAAGCUAUCAACAACCCUAAUGUGGUCAAGAGAAUACAUCGAGAGGUGAGAUUUGGGCUGUAUAUUUUGGGCUCAACUUUGGGAGAAGGUGAGUUUGGGAAGGUAAAACUCGGCUGGCGUAAAGAUGGGAAGCAUCCGAGCCAGGUAGCUAUUAAGUUGAUCAAACGAGACACCAUAAUGAAGGAUUCUGAGAGUGAGAUUAAGAUUCACCGUGAAAUUAAUUCGUUGAAGAUGUUGAACCAUCCCAAUAUCGUGAACCUCGUUGAGGUCAUGAAGAGUGGGAAGUAUAUUGGUAUAGUAUUAGAAUAUGCGUCGGGCGGUGAGUUAUUCGACUACAUAUUACAACACAAAUACUUGAAGGAAAACGUCGCCAAAAAGCUCUUCGCCCAGUUGGUGAGUGGAGUCGAUUACAUGCAUUCAAAGGGGUUGAUUCACAGAGAUUUGAAGUUGGAGAAUUUGCUCUUGGACAAGCAUAAGAACGUGAUUAUUUCGGAUUUUGGUUUUGUCAACUCGUACAAUAAGGACAAAAACGAUUUGAUGAAGACUUCGUGUGGGUCUCCAUGUUAUGCCGCCCCUGAAUUGGUAUUGACACAAGCUCCGUAUGAAGGAAGAAAGGUCGAUACCUGGUCAUUAGGGGUUAUCUUGUACGCCAUGUUGGCAGGAUAUUUACCCUUUGAUGAUGAUCCCGAGAACGAGGACGGUUCGGACAUUGUAAGAUUGUACCAUUACAUCUGCAAAACACCCUUGACAUUCCCAGAAUACAUUUCUCCUUUAGCAAGAGACUUGCUCAGAAAGAUAAUUGUUCCCGAUCCAAAGAAGAGAAUAACUAUUAAGAAUAUCAAAAACCAUCCGUGGUUGACUCCAUAUGUCAACUUGUUAUCUGUGACCCAACCAGAAUGGGACAAAGUACACAAGGAUAACAAGACUGUUAAUCCAAAGUCAGCGGCUACUGCUAAUAAUAGUUACACCAACCUUAUACACUCCAAUACUAAUAAGAGGUUCUCGAUGAUCAAUGAAAAGACUAACAGUUCUUCAUUGAUGAUGCCAGCGGGCAGAUCAUAUUCAUCUACAAAUGUAGUAAAUCAGUUAUACUCGAAUCCUUCAGCUCCAACUACUUCAUCAUCAUUAGCUAAUGCCGUGGCAUUAUCCAAACCAAAGGAUCCUGCUUCCGACAGAUCGAGAACUCCAUCUCCAACUAAGCAAUUACCUAACGGUAAUAAUUACAGUUCUACCAAUUACCAACGAGGCCACGCUAAGUCCACUUCUAUAUCAAAUCCUUAUUCUUCUGCAAGUAAUGCAUUGAAAGCAAUGGUCACUGAAAACGAUAGCAAGAGGAAUUCUUUGGUAUCUUUGGAUUCAACCACUUCGUCUAUGAUUUCGCUAACAUCCUCCACUAAACCUGCUCAACAUAACCAUUUACCAAGUCCUCACUUACCGAGAUCUACAACUUACACAGGAUCUGCCAUUUCUACAAUUGCUGAGAGUCCAUCCAAGCCAAGCCCAGCUACGCAUCUAGCCGUGGAUAAUGAAUCUAAUGUAACACAUCACAACACUGCAUCUAGCAGUAACAUUACUAAUUUGAAACCUAAUAGUUCAUCAAGAGAAUCAGCAAAGUUACCUCAUGCUAAUAAGAAACCAAGGCCAACAUCUUAUCAUCCGUCAUCAAUGUCUGCAUCAUUAAUGAGUAGUAACGGUUCAUCUUUACAAGAUUACAUUAAAAUUCCAACGCCUCUUUUACCAAUACCCCAGUUAUUGUCCACUUCCCCAACCAAGGCAUCACCGAGUUCUGAAACCUCCAGCCCAGUAUUCACUGACACUAACAACUCAAGUCCCACCAUGAGGUCUAAUGCAUCUAUAAAUUCCAGAAGAAAUUCUGUCGUUACUCAUGUCCACGUUAAUGGCGUUUUGACAAGCGAAAGUAAUGCAAAUCAUAAUGAAAAUAAAAGAAAUUCUGUUCUAAGUUAUUUGGAAGAUAAAAUGGAUGCAUUAGAAUUAACAGAGCUGCACAGUCCACUGAAAUCAAAUAAACCAGGUUUCACAGACAAUGCAUCGGAUACAAAUAUCACCCCUCAAAUAAAUCAACUGCCUAUGUUUGACGGACAAACGGAAUCACCAAUCAUUCAUACUAGUAAGGCCGAGGAAAGCCAAGUGAAGGAUCAAUCUGAAGAAGGCAAUAAAAUAGAGACGGACGAACAUCCUUUUGUAAAUGUCGCCAACCAAGUGGAUGAAAACAAAGUUGUAGAUUUGGCAUUAGAAAAAGAAUCAAUUUCUGAAGCACCAGAGGAACCAAACGUAUCACACUCACAAGAUCGUACCAACCAACAGGAAAACAUAACACUGGAAUUUGAAGAACCAAAAUAUACGCUUGAAGCACAACCUGCUGAACCUGUAUCCCAAACAUUUAAAGAUGAACCAGUGGUUUCUUUAGACGAGCAAUUAAUUAAAAGGGACCAUGUUAACAUUAUCGAUGAACAGGAAAAAGAAAAUCUUGACAGAAAAACAACAAAUACCAAAAAGGAGACCUCAAGAGAAAUAAAUAAAUCUUCUGCAAAAGAGAUAAAGGACAAUAAGAAGCGUAAUAGAUUCAGUUUGCUAUCGUUCUAUAGCAAUUAUAAUGGAUCGUCAUCUUCAAAUGUUGUUUUGCAGCAAGCUCCUACUAGUAAUGUUUCUCAUAGCGGUAAGAGAAUUUUGGAACCAUCAUUGGAACAAAACGUUCCAACACAACCUCAGGACCAGAAACGGAACGUCUCUAAUUCGUCUGGUAAAUCAUCAACUUCCAAAAAAUCAAAUAAUAGUGGUACCGCUCAUAUUUCUUCUAAUAAUGGGAAAGAAGCCAGUGCCGCAAGAAAGGUCAUGGACUUUUUCAAAAGAAGAAGUGUUAAGAUUGGUUAA